AACCCUAGGAAUUAAAUGGAGCCAGUUGGGGAGGGUACAGCUCGAGCGACGAUCAUGAACUCAAACGAAAUGUCUAUACAGACCAUUCUUUGCUUUUACGGUGCUAAUAUAUUGGUUUAAACUAAACUUACGUAUAUAUAUUACAAUAUGUUUGACUAUUAACUGCGAUGAACACUCCUUUGUUAAAAUAUUAUAGUUUCUAUAAAAGCUCAUUCACACUAUAUAUACAAAUAGUUAAUUAAUCAUAACAUUACAUAGUUGCCAGCUUCAUGAAGAAACCUAGCUAGCAGACUAAUGUGACUGUUAAAUAUAUUUUUAUCUCUCUUUUACUGACUAUAAACCCUAGUUCAUUAUACUUUUGUUUAAAUUUUUCUCUCAAUGCAUACACGUGAAUUUGAUACAUCUUUUCAUAGGAUUGCAAUUCCGGAUUCUCAUCCGUCCUAGGAGUUUGCUUAUGCAUUGAUUAAAGAUAUACUAAACAAAGAUAUGAUGAAUGUGAAUUCAAGGAAUCUAUGCAUUAUAUUUGUACUAUCAGUCAAACUCCAAAUCCGAUCUUAAACGCUAGCUAAACAGUAAACCAAUGUUUUAUAUACACCACACCAUUGACACCAAUCAUAUAUGAUCAUAAUCACGCGUGAAAUAUAUGUUUUAGACAUUUUGAAAUCUUUUAUAAGUUUCUUCUUAAUUUAUAGAACAAUGAUAUUGGUACUAAUUAAAUAACAUACACAGAUUAAUACUUUACGUCAUAGUGUAUCAACUAACUGCCUCCAAAACAACACCGUGGUCCCCUAAGCUACAUAUUAUUCUACUACUUAAUCACGAUUAAUUUAGUAACUCCGUUAUUAGCGUUCUAAGCAAAGCGUAUUAGUAUUUGACCAUCUUAAUCGACGACCAACAAAAGAGUCACAAGAAAAACGAGCCACUUAAGUCCGUAAUGACGCCUAACCACUAAAGACAAAACUCAAAACUUCGGUAAACGCUUACAUGGCAGGGACAUGUAGGUCCUCUAUGUCUUCAUAAACUGACAUUAGAUUACUUGUCUACUGUACCUUUUGUCCCCCGUCUCGGCUACAACCCUGUGACAAACAAAGAUCAAGUCAAAUAAUCUAACCAAAGUACUCUCGGGCCCACACGUACUUCCACGUGGAUAACACUUACGUGGCACUUCCCCUCCUAUAAAUACAACCCACUCUUCGCCGAGUUAUCCUCAUCAAUCAAACGAGUAAAGCAUUUGCUAAUAUUAAACACACGUUCCCUUUUCUUACAAGAAAACACUCGAUCAAUCAUGGCUGUUGAUUCACCUCUUCAAUCUCGGACGACCUCUGAGAAAGACGUGAAGGCUCUCAGUUUCAUUGAGGAGAUGACACGGAACCCUGACUCGGUUCAGGAGAAGGUUCUUGGAGAAAUACUCAGCCGUAACUCAGGUACCGAAUAUCUGAAACGUUUCGGUCUUAAUGGCUCCACUGAUCGAAAAACAUUCAAGACCAAGGUUCCCGUGGUGACUUACGAGGAUUUAAAGCCGGAGAUUCAACGUAUUUCCAACGGUGACCGUUCUCCGAUCUUGUCUUCUCACCCCAUCACCGAGUUUCUCACAAGCUCUGGGACAUCUGCUGGUGAAAGAAAAUUAAUGCCGACAAUUGACGAAGACUUAGACCGGCGUCAGCUUUUGUACAGUCUUCUCAUGCCCGUGAUGAAUCUCUACGUGCCGGGAUUAGACAAAGGCAAAGGCUUAUACUUCCUGUUUGUGAAGUCGGAGUCCAAGACGCCGGGUGGGUUACCGGCUCGUCCGGUUCUCACCAGUUACUACAAAAGCGACCACUUCAAGAGACGCCCGUACGAUCCCUACAACGUCUACACAAGCCCCAACGAAGCCAUCCUCUGCUCCGACUCCUCCCAAAGCAUGUACGCUCAAAUGCUAUGCGGCCUGCUCAUGCGCCACGACGUCCUCCGUCUCGGAGCAGUCUUUGCCUCCGGUCUCCUCCGCGCCAUAAGCUUCCUCCAGAACAACUGGAAGGAGCUGGCUCGUGACAUCUCAACCGGAACACUAAGUUCAAGAAUCUCCGACCAUGCGAUUAAAAACCGCAUGUCGAAGAUUUUGACCAAACCGGAUCAGGAACUCGCUGAGUUCUUGGUAGAGGUUUGCUCGCAGGAUAACUGGGAAGGGAUCGUCACUAAGAUAUGGCCCAACACGAAGUACCUCGACGUGAUCGUUACCGGAGCCAUGGCUCAGUAUAUCCCAACCCUAGAGUACUAUAGCGGCGGGUUACCUAUGGCUUGCACGAUGUACGCUUCCUCAGAAAGUUACUUCGGGAUUAACCUAAAACCGAUGUGUAAACCCUCGGAGGUUUCUUACACGAUCAUGCCCAACAUGGCCUACUUCGAGUUUCUCCCCCAUGACGGAGCAGCGGGAGAUGAGACCGAGCUCGUGGAGCUGGCCGAUGUUGAAGUAGGGAAAGAGUACGAGCUCGUGAUCACGACCUACGCGGGGCUCUGCCGUUACAAAGUCGGCGACGUGCUCCGCGUCACGGGGUUCCACAACUCGGCUCCGCAGUUCAAGUUCAUAAGGAGGAAGAACGUUUUGCUGAGCAUCGAGUCCGAUAAAACUGACGAGGCCGAGCUGCAGAAGGCCGUGGAGAAUGCGUCUAAGUUGUUUGCGGCGCAAGGAACGCGUGUGAUCGAGUACACUAGCUACGCGGACACGAAGACCAUACCGGGCCACUACGUGAUCUACUGGGAGCUAACCAACGCGGUUCCUGGCGAUGACGUCAUGGCUAAGUGCUGUUUGGAGAUGGAGGAGUCUCUCAACUCGGUUUAUAGGCAGAGCCGUGUCGCGGAUAAGUCGAUUGGUCCGUUGGAGAUACGUGUGGUGCAGAGCGGUACGUUUGAGGAGCUCAUGGACUAUGCAAUCUCGAGAGGGGCUUCGAUUAAUCAGUAUAAAGUCCCGAGGUGCGUGAGCUUCACGCCGAUCAUGGAGCUGCUUGACUCUAGGGUUGUGUCUGCUCAUUUCAGCCCUUCGUUGCCGCAUUGGUCGCCAGAACGACGUCGUUAGAUGAGGCUUACGAAACUCUUUGUGCACAUUGCGGUGCGAUCCUAGCAGAAAGAUAUGUUUGCGACUCUUAAGACUAUUGUCCUAGUUUUCUUAUUAUGUUGUUAACUUUUGGGGUUUGUGAAUCGAAUCGUACAAUAAAAUUUGAAUUACGUACUGUACUGAUGCUGUUUUUUUU